AUUUACUUUCUUAAUACUUUUGUUUUAAACAAAAAAUAAAUUAUUGUAGUUUAAUUUUAAUACUUAGUUUUUUUCAAGAAUCUAUAUUCAUGUUUUGGCUCAAGAGCUGACUGGCAAGUAAUUACUACUGCAAGAACUAUUAAGCACUGUUGUAGAUCAAGUUUACAGCACCUGUUUUGUAUAUGUAGAACAUUUGUUCAUACUAAUAAAUAUUUAGUGCAGACGGAUGGAGGAAGCGAAGAGGCGAAGCCGACACGCUUCGAGGGGGACGGAAUGCUCGCCCCGGCCAGGGUCUCGCCCGGUGACCCCGGAGACGGUGCAGGAGCUGGUCGCGUACUACGCACACUGGGACCUGGACACCAUGGAGCAGCGGGAGAGGAUCGCCGUGCUGCGCCGGCUAGAGCGCUACCAGGCGGCCCGACGCAGGGCCGUGCUGCAGAUCCUGUGCAGGGACUCGCGGCUGCAGCACGACUGCAGCGUGCGGCAGCUGCAGGCGCUGGGCUUCACGGCCUUCGACCUGGCCGGUCCCGAGCAGCUGCAGUAGCACGGGCCGUCACCCGAGUACUCAAGUGUUCCAUGCUCGCAGUGUACACUUGAGUCAGUGUGCAUACAAAUAAGAAACAGUAAGGAGUGUGAAAAAUCUAUAAACUCAAAAAAUUAAUGUUUUGAUCACAUAAACAUGAUGACAAUAAUGUAAGGAAACAUAUUAUUUAAAAUAUAUAUAUAUGAAAACUGAAA